CGGAAAAUGUCUCCCAGCCGAGAGAAGAAGCGGCUGGAUCCAAACCCGUCCACGGACAUUAGUUGCGGUCAAGCGGGACGAGUGCACAGUAUCAUCCCACUACAGUACUGACCCUCCAGCGAUGGGAAAGUCAGCUUCUAAGUACAGCAGUCAGAGGCCUCCAAUCCCAGUCCACAAGACUGAAGUGUCUCCUUACACCUCCUCUUCGGCUGACGCAACACGCAAGAGUAAAGUGGAUCCUGCUAAGCAAUGCCCCUCACACAAUAAACCACACCCCCUUCAAAAAUGCUGUGGAUUUAGGGAAAAGUCCAUCGAGAAUAGGAAAGUCUUUAUAAAGCAGCAUGGCAUCUGCUACAAAUGCUGUGCAUCAUCAGCACAUCUAGCCAAAAAUUGUGACAGCAGCAUAAAGUGUGCUGAAUGUGGAAGCGAGAGUCACAGCUCAGCCCUGCACCCUGGACCUGCUUCUUGGUCCUCAGAGGCCCAGACCCCUGCAUGUGAGCAUGGCGGGGAGGAAGGGAACAAUAUUGAAGAAGCUACUGUUGCUUCAAGCUGUACACGGGUCUGUGGGGGAGACCUCACUGGAAAAUCGUGCUCAAAGAUUUGUCUCGUGAAAGUCUACCCAGCUGGCCAGCAGGAAAAGGCAAUCCGGUUAUAUGCGAUACUGGACGAUCGGAGUAAUCGCUCAUUGGUAAGGUCUGAGUUCUUUGACCUUUUUAACAUCAAAGGCCACAAUUCUCCUUACUCCCUCAAGAUGUGUGCUGGUGUGGUUGAGACAGCAGGCAGAAGAGUGCAUGGCUUUCAGGUGGAAUCCAUGGAUGGGCAGGUUAUUCUCUCUCUACCAACACUGAUUGAGUGUAGUGCGAUUCUGAAUAAUCACUCUGAAAUCCCCACACCGGAAGCAGCACUGCAUCAUGCUCAUCUGAAACCUCUGGCGCAAAAGAUCCCAGAGCUCGACCCUCAGGCUCCCGUCAUGAUCCUGCUCGGAAGAGAUAUCAUAAGGAUCCACAAAGUACGGAAACAGAUAAAUGGGCCACAUGACUCCCCCAUGCUCAAAAACUGGACUUGGGAUGGGUAAUUGUUGGCAACGUUUGUCUAGGAAAUGUCCACAAGCCGGCCACUGUGAGCACCUACUAUACCAACCCUCUGGAAAAUGGCCGCCACUCCGUCUUUGAAACAUGCCCUAAUCGCUAUGUCAUAAAGGAAAAGUGGUACGGCAGCAAGGCCCUAGGUCUCCCUGCACCUGUCCAUGUGGAGGGUCCCACAUGUGAGGACUACGGAGACCACCUGGGUUGUAGUGUCUUUCAACAGACAAAAGAUGAUUACAAGAUGGGCCUUUCAGUUGGGGAGAUAGUCUUUCUGAAGACUAUGGAACAGGGAGCCUAUAAAGAUGAGGACAAUAGCUGGGUAGCUCCCCUGCCAUUCAGAGAGCCACGACCUCGUCUUCCCAACAACAGGUCACAAGCAGCAGACUGUCUUUCUGAACAAGAAGCCUGAGUUGAAGGAUCAUUUCAUCUCAUACAUGGAAAAGAUAUUCCAGAAUGGCCACACGGAGGUAGCUGCUCCCCUUGGAAGAGAUGAAGAAUGUUGGUACCUCCCUUGCUUUGGGGUUUACCAUGCAAAGAAACCAGGUCAGAUUCGGGUGGUCUUUGAUUCAAGUGCUCAACACAAGGGAGUCUCACUGAAUCAGGUCCUCCUGACUGGCCCGGACCCCAGCAACAGUCUUCUUAGGGUACUUAUCCGCUUUCGUAAGGACUCCAUUGCCAUCACAGUGGACAUAUAACAGAUGUUCCACUGUUUUGUCGUCAGGCCGGAAGACAGAAAUUUCCUGAGAUUUCUUUGGUAUCAAGACAACAACCUGGAAAAUGACAUCAUGGAGUAUUGCAUGAAAGUGCACGUCUUCGGGAAUAGUCCGUCACCAGCAGUUGCCAUUCACUGCCUCAGCCGAGCCGCUGAAGAAGGGGAGAGGGAGUUUGGCAAGGAUGCAAGGCAGUUUGUUGAAAGAGACUUUUAUGUUGAUGAUGGACUUAAGUCCUUGUCCACAUCAGAGGCUGCUAUCGACCUGCCCAAAAGAACGCAGAACAUGCUGGCUUGCUCCAACCUCAGGCUACAUAAACUAGCCUCAAACAGCAAAGAAGUCAUGGAGGCAUUCCCCACUGAGGAUCACGCCAACGAUCUUAAAAUUCUGGAUCUUGGUGUCGACUCCCUACCCAUACAGCGCAGCCUUGGACUCAGCUGAGAUUUGAAGACAGACACUUUCCUAUUCCAGGUGGCAGAAGAAAGGAAGCCAUUCACUCUCUGUGACUUUUCGGAUGCUUCAGAUAAGGCAAUAGCUGCAGUUGCCUAUCUAAAGAUCUCAGAUGCAGAAGGGAACUGCCACAUGGGCUUUAUAUCAGGUAAGGCGGGAUUAGCUCCACGUCCAGAACAAAUUAUACCUCGGUUAGAGUUGUGCGCUGUGGACAUGGCGAAUCUCAUUACCUUUGAGAUUGACAUCGAGUUUGAUGCAGUCACUUUCUAUACAGACAGCAAGGUAGUUCUGGGCUACAUUUAUAAUGAAACGUGGAGCUUCUACAUUUAUGUCAACAAUUGGAUCCAGAGGAUCAGGAGGGGCACACAGCCACAACAAUGGCCUUAUGCGUCCACUGAACAUCCCUGCGGUCCAUGCUGCAAGGUCCAUCCCUGCAGCCUGUCUGAAAGACACCACCUGGUUUACCAGGCCUGCAUUCUUAUCUCAGCCAGAGACAGCUGUCUUUGAGCUAGUGGACCCAGAGCAAGAUAAAGAAAUUCGCAUGCAAGUGAGAGUGCUCACCUCCACCACCCGAGACAGCCAACUUGGAUCUCAGUGCUUUGAGCGCUUUUCUACCUGGAGGGCUCUUACUCGUGCCAUAUCUUGUCUCAGACAUAUUGCAUGCCUUUUCAAGAAGACAUCAGCAGAUUCUACAGGGAGCGGCAAGGGAUGACACCAUUGCAAGACACCGUACACAGUGGAGGAACUCAGUCAGAGCUAAACUGUGAUCAUUUGAUCUGUGCAGCAGGAAAGUUAUGCUGAAGAAAUGGAAUGCAUCAGGACCCAAAGAGAUAUUCCUAAGGACAGUCCUCUGAGGAUGCUGGAUCCAUUUAUUGGUGAGGAUGGCCUAUUAGGAGUCAGAGGAUGUAUACAGGAAUCACAGUUGGGACAUGAAGAGAAGAGGCCCCUAAUCAUUCCCAAACGGCAUCCUGUUACAUUACUCCUUGUGCAACAUCACCAUGUGAAGUCACAACAUCAAGGACGCCAUUUUACUGAGGGCGCUGUCCGCUCAGCUGGCUACUGGACUGUGGGUGCCAAAAGGUGUGUAAGCAGUUUCAUCUUCAAAUGCAUCACCUGUCUUAAGCUUCAGGGGACAUGUGAAGUCCAGAAAAUGGCUGACUUACCUCUUGAUAGACUCAGCAGGGAACUGCCUUUCACACAUGUUGGUGUUGAUGUAUCUGGGCCCUGGACCAUCUCUGCGCACCGUACGAGGGGUGGCCAUGCCGAAAGUAGAAGAUGGGCAGUUUUAUUUACCUGUUUAAGCAUCAGAGCCAUCCAUCUCAACGUCAUAGAGUCCAUAGACAGUUCAAGUUUUAGAAAUGCCCUGAGAAGGUCCCUGGUGAUCCGUGGCCAGUCAAGCAAAUCCGUUCUGACCGGGGAAUGAAUUUCAUCGGAGCAUGCAAAGAUCCAGGAAUCUCCUCCAAUGUUGAUGAAGAUGUGGUGAAGAGGUAUCUCUCAGGAAAGGGCUGUACCUGGACAUUCAAUCCGCCUCAUUCCUC